AUGGCUUUCCUCACCAAUCUCGCCAUCCUCCUGGUGCUGGCUUGUAUUUCCCAUCAGCUGAUGUUGGGCAGCUGUCAGAAAGGUCGAAGGGGACGAGGGGGACGAGGGGUGGACAGAGGACAGCACAAGGACAGGUCAGGGCCGAAGGUCGCCCGCCAGCCCAAAUCUGUCUCUGCUCAGCCCAUCAAGGGAAAACUGGUCACCAAAGACAAGUCUGAGUGCACCUGGGCGGCCACGGGUGAGGAUGUCUUCGUCCUCGGUGUCACUUGCAAGAAGGGGGACACAAGCUUUAGCUGUGAAUACGUCUCCAAACCUUUCCUCUGUCCCAGGUACGCCUCCAAUGUCAAACUCUACUGGAAGCAAAUUGCGAGGGCACUGAAGAAGCAAAAGAACCUGUGCCAGGACGGCAGUGCGCCGGUCAGGGCAGGUAUGUGCAGACAAGCUGCCAGAGAUGCUCAUUUCAGACUCCGUGAUGUUCAGAGAGAAACUGUCCAGCCUCCCCCACCUCCUCCUCCUCCUCCCCCUGCGGCCAGAGCUGUCAAAUCCUGUCAGCCUGGACACAAGAAGCUGGCGGAGGAGCACUGUAAUGACUCCUGGUCGAGUCUUUGCACGUUCUUUUUUACUAUGGUGCAGGAUGACGAUUGUUGAGACAGAAAAGAGGAGAAGAAUUAGAAACUUAUUAUCUAACUCUUUAUAUACACUUGUCACAAAAAAGUUUGAAAUCAUGUGAAUCCUUUGAGAUAGAACUUCACCAAU